GUUGAAGAUUGCAGCACAAGAAACCACUAGAAAUGGCAACCAAACUAGUCAUCUUCAUCAGGACUUUUAGAACCCCUUACUGGUCUCUUGUCACCAUGGAUUCAGAAGUACUUAACUUAUUAGCCCUUAUCUUGCCCUUUUUACUCUUCGUUAUUGUGGCACUGAAAAUAGGAAGAAGAAAUCUCAAGAAAUCUGAGUCAACUCCAAAAAUACCCCCAGGACCAUGGAAGCUACCUAUCAUAGGGAAUAUACUCCAUCUUGUUACAUCUACACCACACCGAAAAUUAAGAGACUUGGCCAAAAUAUAUGGACCCUUGAUGCAUCUCCAACUUGGGGAGCUCUUCAUAAUCGUUGUUUCCUCAGCAGAGUAUGCUAAGGAGAUAAUGAAAACCCAUGAUGUCAUCUUUGCACAAAGGCCUCAUAGUCUUGCUUCAGAUAUAUUAUCCUAUGAAUCCACAAAUAUUAUUUCGGCACCUUACGGACAUUAUUGGAGACAGCUACGAAAAAUAUGCACUGUGGAGCUUUUCACUCAAAAACGUGUCAAUUCAUUCAAGCCAAUAAGAGAAGAGGAGCUCGGCAAUCUUGUCAAAAUGAUUGAUUCCCAUGGAGGGUCUUCUUCCAUCAACCUCACUGAAGCAGUACUUCUGUCAAUAUAUAACAUCAUUUCAAGAGCUGCGUUUGGCAUGAAAUGCAAAGACCAAGAAGAAUUCAUAUCCGUGGUAAAAGAAGCCAUAACAAUUGGAGCAGGUUUUCACAUAGGAGAUUUGUUUCCUUCUGCUAAAUGGCUUCAACUUGUUAGUGGUUUGAGGCCUAAGCUUGAUAUAAUACAUGAAAAAAUUGACCGGAUACUAGGAGACAUCAUCAAUGAACACAAAGCAGCAAAGUCAAAAGCCAGAGAAGGCCAGGAUGAAGCAGAGGAAGAUUUGGUGGAUGUUCUCCUAAAAUUCAAGGAUGGUAAUGAUAGAAACCAGGACAUUUGUUUAACUACUAACAAUAUCAAGGCUAUAAUCCUGGACAUCUUUGGUGCUGGAGGUGAGACAUCAGCAACUACCAUAAAUUGGGCAAUGGCAGAGAUGAUAAAGAAUCCAAGAGCAAUGAAUAAAGCACAACUUGAAGUAAGAGAGGUAUUCGACAUGAAAGGAAUGGUUGAUGAAAUUUGCAUUGAUCAACUCAAAUAUUUGAAAUCAGUUGUCAAAGAGACCCUAAGGUUACACCCACCAGCUCCUCUUUUACUUCCAAGAGAAUGUGGACAGACAUGUGAGAUUCAUGGGUAUCAUAUACCUGGCAAAAGUAAGGUAAUUGUAAAUGCCUGGACAAUUGGAAGAGAUCCAAACUAUUGGACUGAAGCAGAGAGAUUUCAUCCAGAGAGAUUCUUUGAUAGUUCUAUUGACUACAAAGGGACUAAUUUUGAGUACAUUCCAUUUGGUGCUGGAAGAAGAAUAUGCCCUGGCAUCACACUUGGUUUGAUAAAUGUUGAGCUGACACUUGCAUUUUUGUUGUAUCACUUUGAUUGGAAGCUUCCAAAUGGAAUGAAAAGUGAGGACUUGGACAUGACUGAGAAAUUUGGAGUGACUGUUAGAAGAAAAGAUGACCUAUACUUGAUACCUGUCACUUCUCGUCCUUUUCUGGGAACUGGUGCAGAGAAAUAAGCAGUGCAGGCAAAGAAGGCUGAGUAAGAUUCAGUCAGAGGAUCAAGAAAUCCCUAAUGUUGACGACACAUAUUUUAAUCUGAUACAGAAACAGUUAAUAUUAUUUUAUAUCAUAUAAAAAGGAUUUUAACUUCAUCAUAGGCCUCAAUUUCACUAUUCUCUGUAAGCAUUGUAAUUUUUGCUUUAUUUCAGUUUCAAAGAAAUAUAAUAAUUCAGGACUGAUUUUUAAAUAUGUUCCAUUAUUCUAACCUUCAUGGAUGCAUAUGCCAAGGAACUCGGAAUGAUACAAAAAUGCUGGUAGUACCCAAAUAUAAGCAACAUUUGUACAA